AUAAUAUUGAUGGUUCGCAAGUCUUCUGGCUUACAUGGAUUAUUUGUUUUGGGUACCGGGGUUAUAAUACUCUUGUUGAUGACAUCAAACAAUUUUUUCUUGAAUUGCGUGGCCUAUUCAGUGAAAUUUCUUGAAACCUCCAGAGUUCCUCUUCUAAAGGCACUGCUGCCAUUAUAGCUUCCUCAUUACUUGCAGGUAUAGUGCUUACUAUAUCAGUUACACUCUUGAUAAAAUA